UCAGAAGGGUUGUGGUACAUCAGCAGCGGCCGGACACAGUGCACACACACGCUCAGGGUUUUGGCGGUAAAUUUUUCCCGCCAACAAUAGAGUGUUGUUGUUUAUAGUGAGUGGACGUGUGCAGGACAGUACUUUGAUAACUGAAAUAUUACCACAAUGGAAGGUUUUGAUGAUCCUGGCAUUUUCUUCUCCGACAACUUCUCUUCAGAGGACCAGCAAGAUCAAAGUCAGAUUAAUUUCCAAACUAUAAAGAAGAAGUUUCGGGAGUUUCUUCGUGAAUUUCACGAAGGCAACUUCAACUACAAAUACAGGGACUCGUUGAAACGUCAGUACAACUUGCGACAAUACUGCUUGGAAAUCAGUCUUGAAGAUGUGGCCAGUUUUGAUGAAACCCUUGGAGAUAAACUUAAGAAAAACCCCACAGAACACCUUCCUCUAUUUGAGGAAGCUGCAAAAGAGGUAGCUGAUGAAGUGACUGCUCCUCGACCCCUUGGUGAAGAGAAGGUAGAAGACAUCCAGAUCAUGCUCAGCUCUGCUUCUCAUCAUGUUGAUAUUCGCAAUUUGCAGUCUGAUGAAGUUAGUCGUUUGGUGAAAGUUGCAGGAAUUGUAAUUGCUGCAUCAGGGGUAAAGGCUAAGGCUUUGACACUGACUGUUCAGUGUCGCUCCUGUCAAACUUCUAUCUCUAAUUUACCAGUUAAACCUGGACUUGAAGGAUACCAGCUGCCUAGAAAGUGUAAUACAGAGCAGGCCGGAAGACCAAAAUGCCCUUUAGACCCCUUCUUUAUUGUGCCAGACAAGUGUCAAUGUAUUGACUACCAAGUACUGAAACUUCAGGAAGUUCCUGAAAAUCUGCCACAAGGAGAAAUGCCCCGUCAUCUCCAGCUUUAUGUUGACAGAUCAUUGUGUGAGCGUGUUGUGCCUGGUAAUCGCGUGACUGUUCUUGGUAUAUAUUCAAUCAAGAAAAUAGGGAAGUCAACUAGAGGGCCACGUGACAGGGUUGCUGUAGGUAUCAGAGCUCCAUACUUGAGAGUAGUUGGUAUUCAGGCAGACCUAGAAGGACGAGGAUACACAUCAGGUGUCACCAUAUCUUCGGCAGAAGAGGAAGAAUUCCGCCUCAUUGCACAGUCUGACAAUGUCUAUGAAAGAAUCGCUCGAAGUAUUGCUCCAAGUAUCUAUGGUUCAGAAGAUAUCAAGAAAUCUGUAGCUUGUUUACUAUUUGGUGGUUCACGUAAGCGUCUACCCGAUGGUCUGACACGAAGAGGUGACAUCAAUGUAUUGCUUCUUGGAGAUCCUGGUACGGCGAAGUCUCAGCUGUUAAAGUUUGUUGAACGAGUGGCCCCAAUUGCUGUAUAUACAUCUGGUAAAGGAUCUUCUGCUGCUGGUUUAACUGCCUCUGUUACAAGAGAUCCUGUCUCACGCAAUUUUGUAAUGGAAGGUGGAGCUAUGGUGCUGGCUGAUGGUGGGGUUGUGUGCAUUGAUGAGUUUGACAAGAUGCGUGAGGAUGAUCGUGUUGCUAUUCAUGAAGCUAUGGAACAGCAAACUAUCUCCAUUGCAAAGGCAGGAAUUACCACAACCCUAAAUUCACGCUGUUCAGUGAUGGCUGCUGCUAAUUCAGUAUUUGGCCGAUGGGAUGACAUGAAAGGAGAGGAAAAUAUUGAUUUUAUGCCUACCAUCCUUUCGCGAUUCGAUAUGAUAUUCAUAGUUAAGGAUGAGCAUGAUGAAGCCAGAGAUAUGACCCUGGCCAAACAUGUAAUGAAUGUCCACUUGAAUGCUCUGAAGACUGCAGAAGAAACUCCAGAGGGUGAACUGUCACUCAAAUUUUUGAAGAAAUAUAUCACCUACUGUAGGAGUCACUGUGGCCCAAGACUUUCUGAGGCAGCAGGAGAAAAACUGAAGAACCGCUACAUACUAAUGCGAGGAGGAACUCGUGAAGCAGAGAGCCAGUCAGACAAGAAGCUAGCGAUUCCUAUCACUGUCAGACAACUGGAAGCUAUUGUUCGAAUAGCAGAGUCUAUGGCUAAAAUGCGUCUGGAGCCUUUUGCCUCAGAGAGAGAUGUUGAUGAAGCACUAAGGCUCUUCCAGGUCUCCACUCUUGAUGCUGCAAUGUCAGGAUCUCUUACUGGUGCUGAAGGCUUUACAACCGAGGAGGACCAAGAGAUGAUAUCUCGUAUUGAGAAACAGCUAAAGCGAAGAUUUGCCAUUGGAUCUCAAGUAUCAGAACAUGCCAUUAUCCAAGAUUUUUUGAAACAGAAAUACCCUGAGCGUGCUGUUUACAAGGUGCUGCACUUCAUGAUCCGACGUGGGGAGCUGCAGCACCGCCUUCAACGCAAGAUGUUGUACCGCAUCAAGUAGAUAGCAUUUUAGAUGCUGAAUUGUGUCAUGGCUCAUUAUUUGUACAUGAGAAUUUAAUAACUGUUUGCCCUAUUUUUGCAUAAAGCAUAUUUUUGCUCGGUUAAAUGUUAUCUUUUCCAAAAAAAAAAAAUAUAUAUAUAUA